GGAAGCAGAACAAGACAUCUAUGAAUUGGACGGAUUCUCUCUCUCUUCUCUUUACUUUAAUCCAACAAUAAUAAAUAUUAUUAAAAAAAAACGUUGAACCGAUACCAUCAUCAUUCAUCAUCAUCACCCGCAUCAUCAGAAUUCCAAGGGUUUUCAGGUUUUAUAUAUUGUUAAGCUGAAAGUUUAUUGAGGGUAUUAUGGUGUAUGUGGAGUACAGCCACAUUUUGUGUAGAAGAUGAGAAGGGAAGCACAAGAGGAAUGCCGAGCUUCAAUUCGCAAUUACCAAAUUCCAAUGCAUGCUAUAGAGAGGGAAUCACAGUUGAUUCUUUUCGUGUGUCUGACUUUGAUCAAUCAGUUGGAUAUUGCGUAGAGGAUGCUGUUGACUUGAGUGGAAUUUUUAUCUCUCUGAAAGAAAGUAGCCAAACAAUUUCACGUGGUCCUGUUCGCUUUGGUACCUUUGAUAAGUUGCCAAUUUCACAUGAUAAAAGCCCAUUGACGAACCAAACAGUGCAACAGAGUUUGCAAUUACAGAAGAUUCAAUUGUCAAAUCUGGUCAGUGGUGAUACUGAAGAACAUCACGAAGAGUCUGCCAUGGCUGAUGCCAGUCCUAGAACUGAUAUUUCUACAGAUGUUGAUACUGAUGAUAAGAAUCCUCGGUUUGAUAGAAGUCAAUCCCUUGCUAUCGUGGUGUCUGACUCCAGUGACAGAUCAAAAGAUAAAACAGAUCAGAAGACUCUCCGCAGGCUUGCUCAGAAUCGUGAGGCUGCAAGAAAAAGUCGGUUGAGAAAGAAAGCUUAUGUUCAACAGCUGGAAAGUAGCCGUUUGAAAUUAACCCAACUGGAGCAAGAGCUUCAGCGAGCCAGGCAGCAGGGAAUCUUUAUAUCAAGCUCAGGUGAUCAAGCACAUUCAAUGAGUGGAAAUGGGGCCAUAGCAUUUGAUGUAGAAUAUGCAAGGUGGUUGGAAGAGCAGAAUCGACAAAUUAAUGAGCUAAGAGCAGCUGUAAAUUCUCAUGCCAGUGAUACUGAACUUCGCAUGAUUAUUGAUGGUAUAUUGGCACAUUAUGAUGAGAUAUUUAAGCUGAAGGGCAUUGCAGCUAAGGCUGAUGUCUUCCAUUUGUUGUCUGGCAUGUGGAAAACACCAGCUGAAAGGUGUUUUCUGUGGCUUGGAGGUUUUCGGUCGUCUGAACUCCUCAAGCUCUUGGUAAGUCAGUUGGAACCUCUAACAGAGCAGCAGCUAGUGGGUAUUACCAACUUGCAGCAAUCUUCCCAACAGGCAGAAGAUGCAUUGUCUCAGGGGAUGGAAGCAUUGCAACAGUCCCUUUCUGAGACAUUGUGCACUGGAUCACUUGGCUCCUCUGGUUCAUCAGGGAAUGUGGCAAAUUACAUGGGUCAAAUGGCUAUGGCCAUGGGCAAACUAGGGACACUUGAGGGGUUCAUUCGUCAGGCUGACAAUUUGCGCCAGCAGACACUGCAACAAAUUCACCGAAUAUUGACUACUCGGCAAUCAGCUCGUGCACUCCUUGCAAUACACGACUACUUUUCUAGGCUGCGUGCCCUAAGCACCCUUUGGCUUGCCCGCCCAAGAGAUUGAUGGGUGGGAAAUUACUAAAUAGUGUAAAAUUAAUUUUCAUCGAUCUGGCACCACAAAUACUUUGCCAUCAUAGGUUUUACUCCUACAGUUUUACUCUGUUGGUAGUUUUCUGAUAUUAGUGUUUCAUUAAGUUAUAAUCUAGAAACUGAAUUAGUGACAAGGUUAUGUAUUUUGUUUAUUAGCAAUAAUAUUAUUGUCCAUUGUCAUAGCAGUUG